CCUUCUUCAUUCAUCAAUCUUGUUGAGAUCCCUUCCUGACACAUCAUGACUCGCGUACUUCUCACCGGUGGAAGCGGCUUCAUCGCUGCCCAUGUCCUGGAAACCCUCCUAGCCCGCGGCCACUCCGUCGUCACCACCGUUCGAUCGCAGACCAAGGCCGAUGCCAUCCAGAAAGCCCACCCAGAAGUCACCCAGGAUCGCUUGUCGUUCGCUAUUGUUGAAGAUAUUGCCCAGCCGAAUGCUUUUGACCGCGCGGUGGUUUCGGAUCCUCCUUUCGAAGCUGUCAUCCACACGGCCAGCCCGUAUCACUUCCACGCUAAGGACGCAAAGGAGUUGUUGUUGCCAGCCGUCACUGGCACCACAGGGAUCUUGCAGUCGGUACAGAAGUAUGCCCCGCUAGUGAAGCGUGUCGUUGUGACUUCUUCCUUUGCUGCCAUCAACGAUGUCUUUGCCUCUGCCGCUGGCAAGGUUUACUCAGAGGCGGACUGGAGUCCCAUCACCGAAGCCCAGGCCAACGACAGCCCCGCCAACGCUUACCGAGCCAGCAAGACGUUUGCUGAACGAGCCGCCUGGGACUUUGUCGAGCGCGAGAAGCCCAACUUCACCCUCUCCGUGAUGAACCCCCCACUUGUCCUCGGCCCGAUCACCCACCACCUCACCUCCCUCGACGCCAUCAACACCUCCAACCAGCGCAUCCGGGACCUGCUCUCCGGCGCGGCCAAGAACCGCUGCCCGCCCACGGGCAACUACCUGUUCGUGGACGUCCGCGACCUCGCCCUGGCGCACGUCCUUGCCGUCGAGAAGGAGGCCGCCGGCGGCAAGCGCUUCUUCACCGUGUCGAGCCACUUCUCCAACGCGGAGAUCGUCGCCAUCAUCGCCGAGGAGUUCCCCCAGUACAAGGACCGGCUGCCCACGGGCGACGCGCUGAAGCCCGGCCAAUACCCGGCGGACGGGGUGUACGGGUUCGACAACACGCGGGCGCGCGAAAUUCUGGGCGUGCAGUUCCGGCCGCUGCGCGAGAGUAUUGUGGAUGCUGUGAAGAGUUUGUUGCCGCUUGGGGCGGAUAAGUAUCAGGGUGAGGCGGGGCCGGAGCGGUAGG